AUGAAAGACAUGGGUAAGCUUCAUUACUGUCUUGGAGUAAACAUUAAAACGAUGGACGGUGUUUUGCAAAUGAGCCAAGAGCAGUAUAUUCACAAGAUAUUGAACAAGUACAAGUUACAAGAUUGUAAACCUGUAUCGACGCCGAUGGAUGUGAAUGUGAAACUGGUGAAAAAUGAUGGUUACAGCAAAGCAGUAGAUCCUGUUGAGUACCAAUCGAUGGUUGGAAGCUUGAUUUAUGCAGCUAUAGCUACUCGCCCCGAGAUAGCUCACACACAGUUGGUACUUUAGCAAAGUUUAACUCGUCCCCUAAUGAAUCACAUCUUACUGCUGCCAAACGUGUAUUUCGCUACCUGAAGGGAACAGUUAAACUGCAUCUCCAGUACGAAGCAAGUGAUAAAGAUAUAGAAGGAUAUUCCGACGCAGAUUGGGCCGCAGAUUCAUAUGAUCGAAGAUCUACUUCUGCGGGCAACGUAUUUGUAAUGUCCAAUGGUGCCAUUAGUUGGGCAAGCCAGAAGCAACAUACGGUAGCACUUCCAACAGCUGAAGCCGAAUAUACCCCCCUUUGCUUAGCAACUCAAGAAAGU